AGCUAGUAUCGAUCCGACAACGAUACUGCUUUAAUAUCAAUAAUAUCGAUAUUUGAAUCGAUCCGCCCACCUCCAUCGCACACUGCCUGAACUACAAGAAGUGUUGUGCUUGUGGAGUGUUUAAAGAGUUGCGUACAUGUUGUAUUUUAGUUCGCUUGGAGCUAUGAACAGUUAGAAGCUAUGAAGUGAUGUGCCUUUUAGCUUUGGCGGCUGUUUUGGCGGCGGGGGGACGGUGAGUGAAUGAAGCGUCGGUCUCAGCACUUGAACAAAGGGUCUUCUUCGCUCGAAGUCACCAUUGUUUUGCCCGGAGAGCGCCUCUUUUCCAAGUGGUCCAAAGGUGAGGGGCAGCUGGUGCUCCAGUCAUGACCCCUGGGAAUGGUAACACAAACAGUAGCCAACACAGAGGACAGAGCAAGCCAAUCCAAUCCCUAGUUAAGUCCCACAUCCUGACCCAUUUAAUAGAAGGCUUUGUUAUCCAGGAAGGUGCUGAGCCUUUUCCGGUGGAACGUCCUUCCUUCUCAGUAGAUUGCCUCAGGAGACACACGUCCGACUCAAGGAUGAACGGCCUCUCACCAAAGGAUUUAAAGUCUCAGCAAGAGCCCACGCUGACCUGUGAGCUAUGUGGCAAGGUGGACUUUGCAUAUGUCUUCAGAAGGUCCAAGAGGUUCUGUUCAACAGUAUGUGCUAAAAGAUACAAUGUAGGAUGCACAAAAAGAAUGGGUCUCUUCCCAAAAGCUACCGUGGAGGACACGAAGAAACAAAGAACACUGAAUGAAAACCACAAAAACUACAAUUUGGAGUCGAAAAACAAGACCUCUGCCUGUGUGCAGAAGUCUGCUGGUCACGUGACUCACCCUGCACAGGGAGAAUCCAGCCAAUGUUCAGACUUGACCAGCUAUAAUCGAGCCCCAUCCCCCGUCUCGGCCAGCCAGCGGGUGCCUCAAGUGCAAGAUUCUGAAGAGCGCACAACGCCUUUCGACUUUCUACCUAGUAACCCCGGCCAGUGGAACGUGGACGAUGUUUACGUAUUUAUCUGCUCUCUGCCAGGUUGUCUGGAGAUUGCUGAGGGUUUUCGUUCUCAAGAGAUCGACGGUCAGGCUCUGCUGCUGCUGAAGGAGGACCAUCUCGUGGGGGCUAUGAACAUCAAACUGGGCCCCGCGCUAAAGAUUGCUGCCCAAAUUAGCAUGCUCAAAGACUUAUAGCUCAUCCCACACACUCUUUAGCUCAGGUCAUCCAUACGUCCAUCUUCAAACACUGCAGCUUAUCCCCACGAGCCUUACUUAAAUGAUUCAUCGUACGUAACUGCCUUCAAGAAGUCUUUUUCUCAGAGCGGUAGAAAGGUUAAUCCAUCAUUUGCUGUCAACUACUAAAGUGUAUCAAGUUUUUAGAAGAGUACUCCAGGCCUGACUCCCUCAAAAUGUUGAAACACUGAAUUAUGUUUUCAUUUUAAAGAGUAUCAACUUGU